UCGUCAAAAGGCGUUUCGCCGUCCAUUGUGUUGUUGACAGCUCACCAUGGCGAGCUUCACACAUCGCUGCUUUUAAUUCUAGGCACAUUCGCUGAGGAAUUUACCACCCGUCAUCUUUUCUCCUUCACUGCUGUCGACGCUCUUCCUGAUUUAUUUUAACUUCCUUAACUGUACAUUUUUGUCCAACAGCUUUGUAUAUCUUUUGAAAAAUACAAUUGUGCAUUAUUUUUCCCCUGAUAAUAUGGAUUAAUUUGUCGAUGCCUGCUAAAAUUGCCUGGACACAUUUGCUCCACCUGACCAUGCAUAAUAUCGCGGCGAUAACGACACACUGCAAGGAUUAGUCUAGUUUCUAAAGAUCGCUGCAUUUUUAUACAUCAUAUUUACCGGAAUCGCUUUAUUCAUUUUACCUGGUUUUUCUAAGAAAAGGAACAGGGAAGAAAGGAAAGAAGGAAACCCUCAAGUAGAGCCAUGUCCUUCAGGAGGGGUGUUGUCAGGCAGAGUAAGUUCAGGCAUGUGUUUGCCCAGGCUUGGAAGGCUGAGCAUUGCCUUGAUGAUGUCAGAGUAUCACGCGUGACAUGGGACGGUCCCCUGUGUGCUGCCAAUCCGACGUUCAUUGCUGUUGUCAUUGAGGCCGGAGGAGGCGGAACCUUUCUUGUGCUACCGCUCGCCAAGAGCGGUCGAGUGGACCAGAACACCCCGACCGUGUGCGGUCACACCGCUCCGGUGCUGGAUGUGCAGUGGUGCCCACAUGAUGACAAUGUUAUAGCGAGUGCCUCAGAGGACUGCACUGUCAAGAUUUGGCAGAUUCCUGAUGGAGGUCUUACAUCUCCCAUGUCUGAAGCUGUUGUGACUCUUGAGGGCCACAGUAAAAGAGUGGGCAUCCUGGCCUGGCACCCCUCUGCUCUCAAUAUCCUGCUGACUGCAGGAUGUGAUAAUGUCCUGUGUGUGUGGGAUGUGGGCACCGGGGAGAUGGUGUACCAGCUGAAUGAUGCCCAUCCAGACCUGAUAUACAGCGUGAGCUGGAACCGUGAGGGCAGCGUCCUGUGCACCACCUGCAAAGACAAAGCCUUACGAGUCAUUGAUCCCCGACGUGGAACAGUUCUUAAGGUGCGGGAGAAGGCUCAUGAGGGCACCAGGCCGAUGAGGGCUGUGUUUCUGGCUGACGGGAAAAUCCUGACAACUGGCUUCAGUCGCAUGAGCGAGAGACAGCUAGCCCUCUGGGACACGAGAGAUCUUUCUGAGCCAGUGGUUACUCAGGAAAUGGACACCAGUAACGGAGUUCUGCUUCCAUUCUAUGACCCAGACACCAACAUGGUUUACUUGUGCGGCAAGGGGGAUUGUACUAUUCGUUACUAUGAGGUGACAGAUGAGUCACCGUAUGUUCAUUUCCUGAGUCUGUACAGCAGUAAGGAGCCACAGAGAGGUGCUGGUUUCCUAAGCAAACGAGGAGUAGAUGUCAACAAGUGUGAAAUAGCAAGGUUCUACAAACUGCACGAGAGGAAGGUUGAGCCCAUAUCUAUGACUGUGCCCCGGAAGUCUGACCUGUUUCAAGGGGAUCUGUACCCGGAUACGGCAGGAUUAGAACCCGCUCUACUGGCAGAAGAUUGGAUAGCAGGACAGGACGCUCCUCCAAUCCUUGUUUCCCUCAGCGGGGGCUACACGGCCCCUCCAUCCAAAUGUAGCACGCUUCGGGGUCGACCCAAACUGCUCUCUCAGACCAACACUAGCCCCACCAGCACUACUGCGCCACCAAACCCUGUGGCAGUUGAGAUGGAGAGUGAGGGGUUGGGCUACGGACAAGGAAGAGGGGAUGUAGAUGGAGGGAUAGAGAGAGUAAAGAAAGAGGAGGACCAACUUUCUGAUAUCCUGACAGAGAUUCGGGCGUUGCGUGCACUGGCUCUGGCUCAGGGUCACAGGAUCGACGUCCUGGAAAGGCAGCUCGCCCGUAUUGAGGAUGGAGAAGUGUGAAGGAAACUACAAACAUAUCACAACACACAGCCUUACCCAGAAUCAGAAAGCUUCACUGAAGGGUUAUGGGAAAAGUAGUUCCAUUACUGUGGCAUAGAGAUACUAAGAAGUAAUUGAGCUUUGAGCUUUAUCGGUACACUUUGGUUUUUAAUGCACUGAAAUUCAAUAUCCUAAAUGCUGCU